AUGUCGGAUAAUCUCCCAAUUGAAAUGCAGAUGGAAAUCAUCCAAAGAAUCCCCGAUAUCAAAUUAGUGGCUCAUUACAGAUUCGUCUCAAAGGCAUGGAAGUCUGUUAUCGAUAGCAACGAGUUUGUUGCCGCUCAUGCCCUCCGCCAUCAGGCGAAUGAUCGUCUUCUUAUAAGGACACGAGAUCGCCGCGAUGGAAAGGUAAAAUAUGUGUCUAUCGUCGACGAUGACACUUUUCCAAAUCAAAAGGUUAGUGUGUUUGUUCCCGAUUCUGUUAACAAAUUUAGUCAUGAUUCAAUAAUAGUCGGUAGUUGUCAUGGCCUGUUUUGCUUGUACGAUGAUAAAACCAGCACCGCGGCAAUCUGGAACCCUGCCAUCAGAAAAAUUAUUGACGUUGCAGUACCUAACAUGAUACGCGAAAAGUACUAUAGGACAUUUGUUGGUUUUGGUCUUUGUCCUGACAAUCUUGAACCCAAGCUUGUUAAGAUUACGUAUGUUUCUGAUUGGAGUAAAUUAGAAGAUGUAAAUACUAGCACCCAGGUUGAGGUAUUUACGUUAAGUUCAGGAGGGAUUUGGAGAAGUCCAUUAAGUGGCAAUGUUCCUCAUAAAUCGAUGAGAUUUGGAUGUACCCAGGCCGUCGUAGACGGGUUUAUUUAUUGGGAUGCCAUGGAUAGGAUUAAUAUGGAUGAUAGAACAAGGAAUACCAAACUGAUCAUGUCGUUUAAUUUGACAACUGAAGAAUUCACCAAAGUUAACCUUCCUAAGAGUUUAGCACUCGACCCUUAUGCUGAUUUGUAUGUAUCUAAUCUAAGGGAUUCUCUUGCUGUUCUCAAGUUCGAUAUGUACGCUCAAAGAGACUUUUGUAAUGUAUGGAUGAUGACUGGGCAUGGAUGUACUAGAUCCUUUAAUUGGCUAUACUGUAUUUAUGUACCUGCUACAUUAAUACGUACAACACUGGGAUUCCGAAAGAAUGGUGCACCCAUAAUCGAAUUGGAAAAUGUCAGUGAUGAUUUUUUUAAUAUUGAAAAUGAACUUUCUAUCUAUGACCCAGAAUCAAAAAGCAUCACUCAUAUCGGAAUUCAUGGAUUAGAAGGUAAAUUUUUUGCGCAUUCUUACAAGGAAACACUACUUUUGCUUGGCCAACAAUAG